AUGGCUUCUCCUCCGAAUUCCAAAAUUGACAAACCCCUUUCCGUAAAGUCAGAUAUUCUUCCAAAAAGAAACGACAAGCUCCGCCCUGUAAUGGCUGAUGAUGACCACAAGCCCCGGAAGAAAGCCAGAGCUCCUCGAAAUUUCGAAAAAGACGCUCUUCGAAUGCAAGCCAGAGACAUUCUUGGCUCUCCAAAUCAUGACGCUAUAGAAACACUCAUUGCUAACUUAGCAUCACCUAUUGAAACAGUUUUAUCAGAAGCCGAAAACUUGUACUAUUUCUUAAGGCGUGAAUACCCAAAUGCCUUGUCUUUGAAAAUUUCAAAGGUUUUACUUCACUCUCUGACUCGCCCUAAAAUCAAAUCCGAAUGUGCAUCUCUUCUGCAGAAUCUGAUCGAUUCGCCAAGUCAUUAUGAGAGUGUGUGGAAUUUCAUCUCCCCCAUGAUCAAAACCGAUCUUAAAAUCGCGUUUCUUGAAAUUCUUAGACAAGAAAAUUCCAGUAGAAUUUGUAAGCCAAUCUGGAAGACAGUAUCUGAGGUAUUCAACUGUAUUAUUACCAAGGAACAAGGCGAGUGGCCGGGUAUGCUCAGUUGCUUUUACGAGCGUCUACGUUCCGGUCCGUCAUACGUUCAAGAUUUUGCCCUUAUGUUCUUUUUGAAGUUGCCAAUGUGUCUACGUAAACAAUUGGAACCUUAUGUUAACAAUCUCUAUUUAGACUUCUUGGAUAAGCUUAAUUCUUUCAAUGAAAUGAGAAAACGUUUAGCCUUGGCUGCUUCAAUUCAUCUUGUUGGACAAAUGUCUAGUGAUUAUUAUUUUCUGUUAAAUGGUCUACUAAUGCCAAUGAUAAAAGGGGUAUUGAGUUUUCUCAUUAAUGAUAACGAGGAGGGGUAUGCGCAGGAAAGUCUACGGAAAUUAGUCGAGUUAGCUUGGGUUGAGCCAAGAUUUUUCGAGUCACAUUUGGAUGAAGUGUUUGAUACUAUGGUUACCAUUGCUGAGAAUAAUCGAUUCUUAGAAGAUACAAGAUAUCUUGCUGUAGAAAUGAUGAGCGCUUUUGAUGAUUAUGUGAUAAAAAGGGUAGGUAAGAAGAUCCUAAGAAGGCUGUUUUUUGAGUUGGUUGAGAUGAUUUCGCGUAUUGAGGAUGAUCCAAUGGGUGAUGUAGACUAUGUGAAUGGUUUAUGUUUGGGAACUUCGCAAAAUUAUCUUCUUGGAGUAACUUUUAUGUAUAGGAUUUCAAUGGCAACGGGUGAUCAAAUUCGUAUGCCUGUUUUACUCAAGGAAUUGCCAACUUAUAUGGCUGCAGCGGAAUGGCAGAAACGAUAUGCAGCAGUUACAGUCAUUGGUGUCAUUGCAAACGGAUGUGCAAAGGCGAUGAGGGAUCAUCUUUCUGAAGUGAUGAAUAUGGUCUUGAAAUCAAUGCUAGAUUCUUCUCCCCAUGUUCGUCUUGCUGCUAUUGGAACAAUUAAAGCUAUGAGUUUAGAACUGUCUCCAGAUCUGCUAGAUAAACACGGUCACAGGCUUAUUGCUUCGCUAUAUUUGGCGCUUGCAGAUGACCACUAUCCCGACAGACAGGCUGUUGCUGCUUCGGCAAUGAAUUACCUUUGUGAGGGUUGCAAGUCAUGCAUUUUAGAACCUUACUUGGACAAAAUUGUGAGCAAAUUACUUGCCCUCAUCCAGAGCCCAAGUCCUGUGCUGAAAGCUGAGGCCUUAAACACUCUAGCAUUGGUUGCAAGAUCAUCAAAGGAUAUCUUCACUAAAUGCUAUGAUCUGGUCAUCACUUACCUAAAGAAAUUCUUAGCUGAUGCAAUGAUUUGCCCAUCGGCUGCAAGUAAAUCGCUACAAGACAAUGCUCUUGAGUGCAUUUGGACAGUUGCAAUGGCUGUUGGAGAGGAUAUAUUUAAGAAAGAUGCUGCAGAGGUCGUGGUCCUUCUCUUGUCUGUGCGAUGGUAUCUAGCGGAGGAUGAUCAUCGUUUGAAAGUCACGCUUCUACGAGCAUGGGCGGAGCUUCUUAGUUGUUUUGGAUCUGGUUUUUAUCCAUAUGUGAAAGAUCUUAUGCCUAAUUUGCUCCAGUCUGCUAGACUUGGCUUUAGAGAUGAAGAAAUCGACGAAAUAGUUGAUUGGAGUGCCAGAGAACGUGUUGUUCUGACGGAGAAACUUAUGGCGUGUAAAGUCUUGUUUCGCUUAACUAGUAAGUUCAAAGAAAAUCUCUUCCCAUGGAUCGAUCAGGUUUCUGACAUAUUGAUACCACUUGUGAUAUUUCAUGAUGGUGAUAUUAGAAAUAUAGCUGUUUCAGCCAUGCCAAAGCUGUUGCUUUCAGCAAAACUUUCUGUUGAGAAGAAAGAAGCAAUUUGGAGGUUACCUAAUUGUUGUUCAAGCCAUUCCCAAGUUGCUGCUUUCAGCCUUACAAAUUCCUAUCUGAAUAAACUGGCGCGCCGAGUUGUACCAUCCCUACUAGAAGCUUUGAAUAAGGAAACUGACAGUGAAAUUUGCGCAAACAUAUUGAAAUCAUUAAGCAAAUGUAUAAAGAUUGCUGGAGCAUUUCUUAGUGAAAAGAAGAUUGAACGUAUAGCUAAUGCGAUAAUACAGGUGCUGAAAGCAACAUCAACAAAACAGUUUUCGAAAGAGGAAAAUUCGACUCAGCUGGAAAAAGAAAUCAUUAAACAGGUUGUAAACUACUUCAGCACAUUGAUCAAGAUAUAUAAGGAAAGAUCCUGGACUUUCGUGGACGAACUUUUGGAAUGUAUAAAAGAUAUGCUGGGAAAUGACACGACGGCAAAAGAGAAGCAAAUUGCACUUUUAACCUUCAAUGAAGUCUCUCUAAAAUGUAAAGGAGCUGCUCUUAGGUAUUCUCGUAAACAUCUUCCACUGAUCCUGCAAGCCUGCAAAACCGAAAACCAGAAUGUCCAAAAGUGCAAGAAUUGGGAAGAAUUUGAUUAUUUUCUCCAGGAAGCGGCACAUGGACUUGGUCUAAUUGCAGAAUUUGGAGGAAAACAACCUGAAAUUCCUUUCACUGAAGUUGCUUCCACUCUAUGUACCAUUAUCAAGCAAUCGGAUAAAGCAACAGCACAUGAUGUUGCUGUUUCGGUUCUUGGAAAGCUAUUGCACUUUCAUAAUCACGACGAGCAAAUUAUAGCUGAGGUAGUUACAUUGUGGUUAGACUCAUUGCCCUUAAAUAAUGAUUUGAUCGAAGCGCAAGCUGCACAUGAACAUCUUUCUUUACUGAUUGAAAAGUUAGAUAGAGAUAUUUUGGGCCUCAACAACGCGAAUAUUCCAAAAAUUCUCGAUAUCAUUGAAGAGGUUCUAAGAGACACCACGAAUCUGGCAACAGAGGAAACCAAGCACCGAAUGAUGGAAUUCAAGAAUUGUAUAUCCUCUAUAGAUCUCGCGGUGCAGUUUUUUCCUUCAUUCUCCUUUCCUGAGGUUUAA